AUGGAAGAAUUUACUCCGCAACACUUGCCGGAAAUUCGGAAUGAUUCAUCGAUUGAAAAUGUCUUUAUUGUUGGGUUGAGGACCCACCAAAGCUACAGAGUUGUCCUCUUCGGCCUGUUCUUUGUCACCUACACUGUGACUUUGACUUGCAAUCUCUUGAUCAUCUUGUUGGUGUUCUUCACUAAACUUUCACAUUCUCCGAUGUAUGUGCUCCUCUCCAAUCUGUCUCUGUCGGAAAUUCUGUUCACCAGCAAUAUCAUUCCCCCCAUGCUCUAUAUCUUACUUAGAAAUGGGGCUAUUUUUUCCCUUGCUGGCUGUUUCAUGCAAUUUUUCUUAUUUGGUAUAUUUGCUGUGACGGAGAGCUUCCUUCUCUCAGCAAUGUCUUACGAUAGAUUUUUGGCGAUCUGUAAACCUCUUCAUUACACAUUGAUUAUGGGCCCCAGGUUGUGUGUUUGUCUGAUCCUUGUCUGUUGGGCUUUGGCAUUCCUGAUCAUGUCCAUCACUUUAAGUGCAAUUAAAACUUUGUAUUUUUGUAAAGACAAUAUCAUUGAUCAUUUCUAUUGUGACUUAAUUCCAAUAUUUAAGCUGUCGUGUUCCGAUUCUACUAAUGUCGAAAUGGUUGUGAGUUUUUUAUCAUCUUCAGCCUCUGUGAUUCCAUUCAUCAUAAUCAUGGCUACUUACGUGUUUAUCAUCAGAGCUAUCACCAGGAUCUCGUCAUCCAAGGGCAAAGAGAAAGCUUUCUCCACCUGCAGUUCCCACCUGGGAGUCGUCUCCACGUAUUACGUCACCUUGAUAAUGGUCUAUGUGGUUUCACCUGGAAAGUUUGUAACAAUGAACAAAGUUCUAUCUUUGCUCUAUACAGUGGUUACCCCACUAGUGAACCCCUUUAUUUACACCCUGAGGAACCAAGAGAUCAAUGCAGCUAUAAGAAAAACCCUGUCAUCAGGGAUGAAGUUCAGGUUUGGGUCUACUAUGAUUUCAAGGCAAACCCUGCGAGUUCGAGGUCCACAGACCCGGCGAACCAAUGCAGAAAUUUGCCAUAAUAACCCUAAUUCACUGCCUGGCCUUUGA